CCCCUUUCCUUCCCUCAUUUGUUUGUACAUGAUUUGGGGAGUGGGGGGCUGGAAACUGGAGGGAAUGGAGAGAGAGAGAGAAAUGAUCCAGAAAGGAUAGAAUGAUAAUCAAACCCAAAUCCAGCUGUGCAGCAAAAGCUCUAUUCGGCCUCUUGGUUGGGUAGGUUUCACGGGCUCACGGAGGGAAACGCACAUGCGCACACUUCUCUAAACCCACACAAACGAAACCCCUCUGUGGAGAAGGCAGCCACAGGAAACUCACUUCUGCACAGGAACUUGCUAAUCGCUUUUGUCACUUUCGGAGUGUUCCUGCUGCCUUGGUCACCUCCGACCCACCACCUCGGCUGGACUCUGCCAGUCCAGUGUCGCAGCUUUGCCAACAGUGACUCGUUGGGAGCCUCGGGGAAGAGAGAGAGAUAGACAGACCCUAGGAGGAACUCUCAGCACUGAUAGAUUUGAGCUACACUAGCCUAUUACAUGUGUGGAGAGCUACUUAGACUUCCGGAGUCAGUCAUUUUGGUGUUGAGACUUGGCAUUCUACGACAGUUCCUAAAGUGGCUGAGAUCUACUAGAACCUGAGGCCACACGUGCCCAGCUGCCUUCCUGCUUCUUGGCCAGUCAAGAGCUGUUCACAAGUCGUUCACACACUAGUUGGCAACCAAGCUUCAGGGGUUUUCCAAGCAGUCACCGUUUCUCACUUGGGCAGACUGGAGAAGUACGAUCUGUAAUUGGUGUCUGAGAUUCUGAGAACAUAAGCCCUGGUUGCUGUCUUCUUACUACAUGGAACUGCUACAGUAGCCCAUUGAGCCCAAGAGCCCUUGAGGGUUCUUUCCCUGGGGAUCCUGGACUCUUAAAUACGACUUCAGACAAGGAAGAUGCUGAGCUCUAUCAAGUGCGUGUUGGUAGGGGACAGUGCUGUGGGAAAAACCUCACUGUUGGUGCGUUUCACCUCUGAGACCUUCCCAGAGGCCUACAAACCCACGGUGUAUGAGAAUACGGGUGUAGACGUCUUCAUGGAUGGCAUCCAGAUCAGCCUGGGUCUCUGGGACACUGCCGGCAAUGAUGCCUUCAGAAGCAUCCGCCCCCUGUCCUACCAGCAGGCAGAUGUGGUACUGAUGUGCUACUCUGUGGCCAACCAUAGCUCAUUCCUGAACUUGAAGAACAAAUGGAUUAGUGAGAUCAGGAGCAACCUACCCUGUACCCCGGUGCUGGUUGUGGCCACACAGACGGACCAGAGAGAGAUGGGACCUCACAGGGCUUCCUGCAUCAAUUCCAUAGAAGGGAAGAGACUUGCGCAGGAUGUGAGAGCCAAGGGCUACCUGGAGUGCUCAGCCCUUAGCAACCGGGGAGUACAGCAGGUAUUUGAAUGUGCUGUCCGAACAGCUGUUAACCAGGCCAGGAGACGAAACAGAAGGAAGCUGUUUUCCAUCAACGAAUGCAAGAUCUUCUAAACCCCGAGGUCCUGUUCCCAACAUUCAUGAACAUACCUCAAAGACUCAUGGGAGAGGGCAAGGGAGCAAGCCAAGAGGACUGAUGCUCCAACUUGGCACAUCUGAACCAUCUUUCUGCAUGGGGUUAUGAGGCAGUCUGCCGCUGACACUUCCACUAACUCUGCUCUGCAGAUGAACCCUGUUCCCAUCUGCAUGGGGUUAUGAGGCAGUCUGCCGCUGACACUUCCACUAACUCUGCUCUGCAGAUGAACCCUGUUCCCAGCACAACCAGAGAGACUCCUUGGCAAGCCACAUGAAUACUCCAUCUUCAAUGAGAGACUAAAACAACCAUCCUAAUUUAGACAAUGAAGUGCAUUUCCCAACUAUGCCAUAUUUAAACCCACAUCUUAUUUAAAUAAUAACCAAAUAUAGAGCUCUUGUUUUCAUGCUUGGGAAGUCUUUUCUUUGAAAAGGCAAACUGCUGUACGAGGAAAAUAGCCUUGCAGGGUUCAAUCAUAUAUGUGUGGCGUUAUUAUUUACUCCUGAAUUUAAUUUGGUUGGAACUACUUUGCGUGCUGUGUUUUUCUAGAUAAUCAGACUUUUCAAUGACCAUAAACUGAUCUCUGUAAUUCAUCUUCCAUUUCCCUAUUAUUCAGAGUUGUGUAUAAAAUACAGCUCCAGACCAGAAGGUAUUUUAACACUGCCAAAUUACUUUCUGUGUAAUUACAAAAGAACGUUUCUUAUUUACGAUAUCACCUGUCACUCAGAGAACUCCAGUUGCAAACCAAGUGUUCCUUUCUCACUCAUCAAGACAGAGAUGGAGAGAAAAAAAAUAUCUUUCAUCUAGAGAGUCACACUGUGCAAAGUAUAACAGCAGCAGAGCUUGGGACGGACGCUGGUGGGCCCCUUCUCCUUGCCUGUGUCUCCUGACGUGUACUUCCACAUUGGUUACAGGUCUUGGGAAAAGAGGACAGGCAAGUGUUAUAAACAAUAGUUAAUUGGCUGGCACAACCCCAUCACUUAUUAAUUUUAAGACUGAAUCAAAGCAAUUAGAAAGGGCACCUAUAUAGCAUGCCUGUGUAUGUGUGUAAGGGAAAAGGCAGCGUUUAUGGCUUUUACUGUUUCAUGAAUAGAUACUCACUUGUGAAAAACAUUACAGAUCUCAGGUUCAGAGAAUGGGAAAGCCGCCUUACUCUGAUUAUAAAGAGUUGUUGGGAAAUACUAACUCAAUAGGGAGAUGUGCAUCUAUGCAAUCCUCCCUCCUGAUUGUGUGAAAGCAAUGGUGUUGCUCACCUUUUCUACCUUCCCUGAUGUAUCAUUCAUAGUUCCAAUCUGAUAACUGGGAACGCUUGAAGCACCUUUCGUGGAGCCCAGCACUGUAGAGGGGUUGUGUGGCUGUCACCAUGAAGGGUAAGGAGCCUUCAGGAGCAUCCCUCCUGAGGAUUAUCCUGACAUAAGCAAAUCAGCUUGUCACAUGGAUUCUCUGGCUGACUCUCUGUGGUUACAGUCCAUUAAACAUAUCAUAGAACGCCUCCCCCACCCCCCAUGCUUUCUCUGCUGUUUCUCUCUCUCUCCCAAGCUCAGUCACAAGCCUGGGACCUGGAUUUUGGUCUUGGGUAGAAGAAUUGCUUUCCCAGGGUUAAUAGGUUUGCUUUCAGCCAAUCUCUCAGCCUUCUGGCUCUGUGGCUUGUCCUUGUGGCUGGACCACCUACGUCCCUUGACUUGAGAGCUCAUGUCUUCCGUUCAUGGCACUGGGCAUCCUGAAGGUUGGAAUGUUGAGCAGACAGAGGAGGAGACAGGGACUAUGUCCUCCCGGUCCCUCAUGUCCCUCUGAUUCUCUCCUCAUUCUCCAACACACAAAGGAUUUUGUGUUCAUUUUUCUUUUGGAGUGUGUAUGUAUGUAUGCUCUUGUUGCUGUGAAUUGAAACUUUUUUUUUCACACUGUCGCCCAGGAUAAUCUCAAACUUGCAAUGAUGCUCCUGUCUCAGCCUCUCCAGUGCUAUGGUGAUAGGUGUGAGCUACGAGGUCUACAAAAUGUCUUUAAUGACAAACCCAGCUUCAAGUUUAAUCUGUGGAAUAUUUUAAAACACACUGAAGAAACAAAUUUCUACA